CGUCUACAAAGACUAUGAUGCAUGCUUUUCCUUUUCACAAACACUUCACAAACUGCUUGCAGCACAGUUGAUCUCAUCCGACCAGGACAACACUUGCACUUGUAGCGUGGCUACGAUGAAGCUUGACAUUGUAGCCCGUUCUGGGCGGACGCUUACCACCCUCGACGUCAACCCGGACUCCACUGUUGCGGAGCUAAAGAAGAAGUUCCAUAUCUUCAGCCGUAAAUACUAUCCGGCUCGGCAGCGCCUGACGCUUCCAGUUAAGCCUGGCGAGAAGCGCGGCACAGUUCUGGAUGACAGCAAGCGCCUGAGCGACUAUGGGCUGACCGACGGUUCGAAGCUGGAAUUUAAGGACCUGGGCCCGCAGAUCGGCUACUCCACUGUAUUCUUCUGGGAGUACUUCGGACCGCUGGUGGUGUACCCGCUCUUCUUCUUCCUGCCAAAGUACCUCUACCCGCACCUCAAGACCCCCGCGCAGCACCACCUGGUUCAGAAGCUGGCGGUGGGCUACUGGUGCCUGCACUACAGCAAGCGAAUCAUCGAGACCUUCACCGUGCACAGGUUCGGCCAUGCCACCAUGCCCAUCUUUAACCUCUUCAAGAACUGCGCCUACUACUGGGGCUACGCGGCAUUCGUGUCGUACUUUGUGAACCACCCGCUGUACACGCCACCCAACGAGAAGAUCAGCAUGGCGUGUCUGGGCCUGGCGCUGGUGGCUCAGCUGGGCAACCUCAAGUCUCACCUCAUCCUGGCCAACCUGCGUGCCCCCGGCGAGAAGGACUACAAGAUCCCCCGCGGCGGGCUGUUCAACUUCGUCACCUGUGCCAACUACACAUUCGAGAUCUGGGGCUGGCUGCUGUUCAGCUUGGCGGUGCAGAGCGUGCCCGCCUAUGCCUUCAUGAUCACCGGGGCUCUCCAGAUGACGCAGUGGGCCAUUGCCAAGCACAACCGACUGCGCAAGACGUUCGACGGCAAGGAUGGCCGCCCCAAGUACCCUCGCCGCUGGAUCAUCUUCCCGCCCUUCCUGUGAGGCGGCGGCUGGGUGCCGGGGUGUCCGCGGCCGUCGCAUGCAGGCAUACAGACAGACUGCAUGUACUUGUGCCUGGGACGUUAGGUAGCUUCGUUGUGAAGGCCAAGAUGGGGGCUGAUACCGCAUGGGGGCUAUGCGUUUGGAGCCCCCUGGAUGAUGCCGCAUGCAGCAGCAUUUGCGUGGGAAUAAAGGGUGGGCUCCACUAGGCCGUGAGUGGGUUGUUGGUUGGUGGGCUAGGGUUGUUGUUGGCCCGGUGUUGUUGCAAGGUUGUGGAAAGAGACGUUGUGAGCGGUUUGUAUUUGCCGGUAUGACUGCUUGCACGCAUUUGAGCUCUGCUCUGCUCUGAUUGUUGGCUAGGCGCCCUUGCACCUAGAUUUUCUCGCCGUUGGAGUUGUGGACGGCGUGUUGGAAGGGAUGCGGAGGCCCAUUGUGUGCAGUGGAUGGGCCUUGGGAGCCGGUGGGUAGGUGUGCUAGUCUCGCGACGUCAGCAAAUCUGUAGAUUACAGAAGACAGAGUCCCAGCUAAGAGAACGAGG